CAAAAACAUUAGUGAGUCGAGCGGCGGAAAAGUACUCUGAAAGUUCCCUAUUUAUGAAAGAUGGACCAGUGGAUCAGGUUAAAUGCAAACACAGCUGGGAAGGACAAGAUAUUCAGAUUACUGCAGUACUUGAGUCGAGUCGUCUGGCACAAUCUAGAAAGCAGGAAGAAUCUGCGCGAUGCUGUGGCUCGAUUGAAGAUCAUAGAGAAUGCAUUCUCAACCUUCAGGAAAUUAUUGCGUCUGGGAAAAAGCAUAGAGGUCCUGUAUGGUGCCCUUCGUACAUUGCAUCUCCCAGAUGUUGUUCUACGUGUUACACUAACACUGUCUAGAAUCUACCAGUCCCUCUUCCUUCUGGUGGACCACAUUAUCUGGAUUGGCCGUGUGGGCUUGUUCGACAUCAACAAGGAGAAAUGGUCUAGCUAUUCAAACAGAUUCUGGUUAGGUGCAAUUAUUCUCAAUAUGAUUAGGGAUGUUUAUGAGAUCAUAACCAUCAUGAAGAAGCGGCUGAAGUGCCAGGACCUCCAGCCUUGCAUCUACAAGAACAUCCCUGUUAUCAAGACCUUCUACGAGUGUGUCCCGGCUUCAAGACCUAUCGUGCAGUUUGCCGAAGAGCACCGUGAUGUGUUCUGGGACAGCAUCAAGAAUAUUUGUGACAUCUGGAUUCCACUGACCAGCCUAGGUCACACCAAGUUCUCACCAGGUGUUGUGGGGCUCCUUGGAAGCAUCUCUUCAUUUGCCGGGCUUAUUGCUGUCUUAGACCCCCUGGCUAAGCUCAGCCCUACAUAAUUUGUAGUGCAGCAGUGUAGAGCAGUUACAGGUGAGGUGUUUAGUGCGACUUUUAUUCCUGUUUCAUGAGGUUCUUUAUAACUGCUGGAAUGAAUUUGGUUAGUGAGAGAUGCUUUAUGUUACUGUACAUUGAUAUGGUCGAUAGUUUUUAUAUUAAUUUUAUAUGUAUAUUUUGUAUGUUCAAAUUUUAUUUCAGGAUUCUCAGGUAAUCUUUAUCUGUUGAUUUUUCUUUUUUGAGAAUGAGGUUUUGCCAUUAUUUUCUUAUGCAGGAAUAUGGUCAAAUGAAUAUUAUAUAUUGUAUUUGAAAUUAAUUUAUCAAAUUUACAUUAUACUUUAAGACAUUGGUGACACUCAAAUUUGUCUGUGAAAUUAGUAUAGUCAAGUAAAAUUUUAAGAUGAAACUAAAGAAUACAGUCUGCAAUUAUAGUUAGGACAAUUAUCAAUAUGGUCUCAAAAGUUAUGUAUUCUUUUUAUAUGUACCAUGCUCAUUUUGAACCAUCACUUAUUACACUAUGAGGGGAGAUGAUGUUCUAGUUUAAGAUAUUAGCAUUAUUACUCUACUUGAUAGCUUGGAUAACCUUUGAUAUAUAGAAUAGUAAGUUAUGUACAAUGAGACUGUACUACUUUUAGGGAUAUUGUGAAUGGAAACAGUGGCUUAAAUACAAUAAAAUCCAUAGUACUCAUCUGUGAAUAGACCAACUGCAUCAUUUAAUGAAGCAGAUAGAUUAAGUCUAUACUAAUGUGUAUUCCUUUGAUAUGUAGCAGUGGAUGAAAAACCUCCUAUGUUUUGGUAAUUUUUUCAUGAUUCAGAGUUCUGAUGUUUAUUAAACCCUAUCAUUUUAGAUAUGGUUUUCAGUUAGUAGCUCACUAUGAAAGCUUAUUUGUAGGAAGGGAAAGGUCUAUGGAAAGGGCAUUAUAUAUGUGAUCAUGGGAAUUUUCUUUGAAGGUACUGCUUAAGCAUUGUCAAGAAUAUUAUGUUUGAGUGCAAAUGGAAAAAUAUUUUGAGUUGUAGUCUAUGGAAGGAAUUUUGUGCCAAGCCAAGAAUUUGUUCAACUAAAGGCAAUAGAACAAAAGAUUAGCUGAAGACAUUCAGUGUUUUUUAUGUGUAAAACUAUAUUAUAGUAUUUGAUAUAAUAGGAGGUGCAUGUAUUAUAUUCUUAAUUGAAAAGUGUAAUGCUUUGGUCAGUUUAUGUUUUGUUUUGUAGUUUAUUUGUUAUUUUUCUCUAGAUUUUAUCAUGACCUUAACUUACAGGAUGAUGUAUUACUAAACCUUGCUAUAGGUGUCUUGUUAAUAUUGAAAAUAUAACACAGAACAAGGAAAAUAGCAAAGAUAAAAUCUUUGAAUAACUGAAAGUGAAGAAACAAAAGUAUAGUUACAUCAUAGAGACCAGUGUUAUGGCUGUAACAAGGUGCUAAAUUAUGUUUGGUGUAUUAUUUACUCUUAUUUUACGUAAGUUCAUUUAAGUCAUGCUAAUUUAGCUUCUUAAGAAUCCUCUAGCAAAAGCCAAAGUAUCUAUAUCUCUGGGAAUUUUGUUACUCUGAUGGACUGAUAUGAUAAAAUAGAUAUCCAGAUUCAAUGUUAGUUAGGCCAUAGGAAGGGCAAGUUUGGGACCAGACAGGUGCAGGGGUAACAUAUUUUUUUAAACCAGUGAAGUUUAGGCUAAAAAGAUAAGUAAAAAAAAAAUGUAUACAUUGUUCUCUAAUACGGAUACAGACAUGCAGCUUACAUAGGCAUAGAACUAGUUCAGUCUGACUGGAUAUCUUCACAUAAGCUGUGGUAAAAGCAAGCAAAAUGGGGCAGUGUUGGUGCUGCAGCUGGUCGAAAUCUGCCUGUAAGUAUCUUAACCCCAAACAUUGCUUUUUGGUAAUGAAUGUUAGUUUAUGAAUCAUGUAGUGGUCAUGGAGUGUCAGAUUCAAAUCACUGUCCUUAACCAUGCAACUUGCCAAACCAACCAGUUGUGGACUAAUGAACUUCAACAUGAAAUAGAUUUAUAGCUUUGCUAUUUGAUUAAAAAAUGUAAAAUCACAUUUAUUUAAGCCUUAAAUAUAUUCUGAUAAUGCAAUAUGGCUUUUGUGUGUGUGUGUGUGUGUGUGUGUGUGUGUGUGUGUGUGUGUGUGUGUGUGUGUGUGUGUGUGUGUGUGUGUGUGUGUGUGUGUGUGUGUGUGUGUGUGAUAGUGAGUGAGUGAGUGAGUGAGUGAGUGAAUGAGAGAGAGAGAGAGAGAGAGUGAGUGAGUGAGAGUGAGAGUGAGAGUGAGAGUGAGAGUGAGAGUGAGAGGGUGAGUGAGAGAGUGAGCGAGCGUGCGUGUGUGCGUGUGUGCGUGUGUUUGAAAGUGUGCAUGUGCGUUUUGUUUAAUUUAGUGUAGUUUAGUUUUUUGUUUUUUCUAUUGAAGAGGUAGAAUUUAAAAUAGUUUAUGCAGGUAUGGAAAAAGUAUUAGCACGGUCUACGUGAAGUCCCCAUACAAGGAUGAAACAGUAUUGAAGUUUGAAUUAAGUAAAUGCUAUAUUAGAGCAUCACAAAAUGCUACAGAAUUUGUGAAAUGUCAAAAUGGCAUGCUCAUGGAAUGAUACCGGUCUUCAGGUUUAGAUAGACACAAGUGGGUUAAAGGUUGUAUCAGAGUGAAAAAGUAAUGUUUUUCAGCUUUUGUUCAUUAAUGUCUUCCUUUUUUUAUUUCUUAUGAUGAUUGCUGUGGUGUUUUUGUUUACAUUUGUGAUAUGUAAAUUGUCUUAUUUUUUGUGAGACGAAUACUGUAGUUAUAGCUUUUCUUGAAUCCCUUGUAUUAUCAACCCAAUGGCUGUUGGGUUAUGUGCUGCCCACCGUAGUCUUUUGUGAAUUUUGUUGCGCAUAGUUGGCUCUACAAUUACUCAGCCACCUAGGAGUCAGUUAAUAGGCCCUAGUGACUGUGUGACUGAAUUUGUGGGGAAAUGUUUUUUUUUUAUUUUUUAUUAGUAUUGAUACUGUUAUUAUUGUAAUUGACAUUAUGAUUAUUAUAAUGUUAUUAAAAUACUAAGAGCAAUAAAACUGGUGAAACAAUAUAAAAGAAUCUUUCUGGAAAUCAAGGAAAAGUGCAAACAUGUAGGACUAGUAUUUGACUAAGCACUUUUAGAGCCAUUUUCGUGUAAAGACUAUUGGUAAAACUAAAAUUACAGUGGCAUGUAAUUAUACUAUCCACAUCCUGUGGGUUAAAGUAAUUUUGUGUAUGUGUUUUCAUUCUGAAUUUAUAAUUUGCAGAUGAAUUGAAUAACAUUACACAGGAUUUAUUUUUUUCUUUUUGCUAAUAGAGACUUUAGAAUUUAUCAUUUAGGUUUUCUAGUUGGAAAGUGAAGAAUAUAGUGUGAUUGUUGAAGAACUGUCAUUUAAUUUCUGGAGGAGGAUAAAUGUAACAAAAAUUGAAAUAAAUGAUAUGAACUAC